CUGGGUCUGUAGAUGAUACUAACCACAUGAAACCAUGUACAUGCUCCUGUACAAAACACGCAGUCCCUACAUAAACAGAAAAGCCAACGAGAAGUAACACACAAACCCUGGCUGAAAAAACCUGACUGGCACCAGACUGCUUCAAUAACAGACCCUUACAGCAGGAAGUAGGGAUUUAUUAUGCUGAAAUAUGUAAUUGCAGAAAGGAGAUAUGUGACCUCUGAUUUGGGGUGGCCAAAGCAAAGACACAACUAGCAUGGAAGUGUACACAUCCCCCCUGAUUUACAUCUGUGACAACAGCUCCGUGGAGGCAAACGCUUCCUCCAACUGCAGCAGGACUGUUUCAGCAGAGACCACGGAUACCUACCAGUUCUACAUCAUCAGCCUUUUCCUCUCCUGCCUCUACACCAUCUUCCUCUUCCCAGUCGGCAUUAUUGGAAACAUCCUGAUACUGGUGGUCAACCUGAACCACAGGGACAAAAUGACCAUCCCCGACCUGUACUUCGUCAACCUGGCUGUGGCCGACCUCAUCCUGGUGGCCGACUCGUUGAUCGAGGUCUUCAACCUGAACGAGCAGUACUACGACAUCGCGGCCCUCUGCACCUUCAUGUCCCUUUUCUUCCAGGUCAACAUGUAUAGCAGCAUCUUCUUCCUGACGUGGAUGAGCUUUGACCGCUACGUGGCCCUGGCCAGCACAGUGAGCAGCAGCCCCCUGAGGACCAUGCAGCAGGCCAAGGUGAGUUGCGGCCUCAUUUGGACAGCCUCCAUCAUGGCCACCUUGCUGCCCUUCACCAUUGUGCAGACGCAGCACCGGGGCGAGGUCAACUUCUGCUUCGCCAACGUUUUUGAGAUCCAGUGGCUGGAGGUGACCAUUGGCUUCCUGGUGCCCUUCUCCGUCAUCGGCCUGUGCUACUCGCUGAUCGUGCGCAUCCUCAUGCGGGCGCAGAAGCACCGGGGCCUGUGGCCUCGGAGGCAGAAGGCCCUGCGCAUGAUUGUGGUGGUGGUGCUGGUCUUCUUCAUCUGCUGGCUGCCCGAGAACGUCUUCAUCAGCGUCCAGCUGCUGCAAGGUGCAAGCGACCCAUCCAGGCGGGCCGCCACCACCCUGUGGCACGACUACCCGCUGACCGGCCACAUCGUCAACCUGGCCGCCUUCUCAAACAGCUGCCUCAACCCCAUCAUCUACAGUUUUCUGGGGGAGACGUUCAGGGACAAGCUUCGCCUGUUCAUUAAACAGAAGGCCAGCUGGUCCGUGCUAUACCGCCUGUGUCACCACACUCUGGAUUUACACAUUGCUGUCAGGACAGAGGUGUCUGAGGUUUAAGGCGCCAAACUUACUGGACAAAUCAGAAAGGAGUGGGGCAGAGAGACAAAGCACCAGCUCUGGAUAACACAGAGAAUGUGCAACUGUCAACAGUCCUAGGAUAAGAUAAAA